AUGUGCCAAUUGUACAACGCAGACUGUACAUACGAGGCCGCAUACAGGAGAGGCAAGCAUGUGAGGCCUUCUGGUUCCGAAAGCCACCACAGGCUUUCGGGCUCUGCUCCGCCAGCGGUCGCUGCUGCUCGACCGGCGACUAUAGCCAUUUCCGCCACGAACGGCCAGCUCGCCGACGUCGACAACGAUGUUCCUGAUGGCGCUGUAGGCCAGAGCUCAGCUUUUGUCUUCCUGAAGAGAGCUUGGGAUCGUUUUCACUUGCGGGAGGACCGAUACGCUACCAGUCUCACCCUGCACGUUCCGCAGAGUGAUGAGCAGACAUCAAUUUUCUCUUACGGCGAUAAAGCUUUCCACGGCGCGAACUCGCAAUCAUGUGCUCUGCCGCCGAGCACGCAAGCAGAAGAACUCUUCGCGUUGUAUUUCGAUUUCGCCAUGCCGACGUAUCGAUUUCUGCACAGACAGACUGCCGCUCGCUGGCUUGAAGGUAUGCUCGUCGACCAAGGUCGUGAACAUCAAGCAGGAGGAUCUACUACUGGACAACGAGCGAUCAUCUGGUUGAUCAUGGCCACUUCAGUUCUGUUCAAGCACGCCUCUAACCUUCCUAGACAAUACACAUUGACCCGAAGUGCUGACGUUGCAGAAGGCUAUCUCGCGGCUGCAAAGCAUGAAUUAUCUUGCGAACGAGGCAGACCGAAGUUAGAGUCUGUGCAAGCCCGCUUAGCCAUGUGCCUAUACCUCCUGCACGCAUCUAGGCCUACCACAGCUUGGUACGACUUUGGCACGACCGUGCAGCUGGCCUUCGUGCUGGGACUACACCGCGAUGCUAAGGACAUCAACGUGGCCGAUGUUGUCACUCAAGAGUGCCGCAAGAGGACAUUCUGGGCGCUCACCACUCUUGACACCUACAUGUCAGUCCUACUGGGUCGGCCGAACCUGAUCAACGACCGGGACAUCAGCCAAGACUUUCCACGAUCGAUAGAUGACGAACAUCUUCUGGAAGCACAAGUAUCAUUGACUGUUGGCGACUGUGUGAUCCAGGCUUCCAUAUGUCAUGCGAAACUUGCUCGCAUUACGAAAACUGCUGCUCAAAAUCAAAUGCGGAUGGAGUCUUCGGAGAAUGGUAGGCUACAUGCGGCGAUAGAAGUCACAGGUCAGCUUAGAGCAUGGCGAGCUGAAUUGCCAGCGAUACUAUCUGGUGUUGUUCAGCCGUCAAGUUUGAUCCCGAUCUUCCGACGACAGACGGUAGUCCUGCAGCUUGCUUACUCUCAUGCAAGAAUGUUGGUCACACGACCCCUUCUACUAUUGGAUUCGAGGGAUUCUCCUAGCGUCCGUGUCCAGAUCAGUUCAUGCUUAGAAGCUGCUGUGGCCACGUUGGAUGCACUGUCAUCAUGGGCAGACGAUGGCACAAGUUUUGCUGCUUUCUGGCUCACGCAGUACGUGGCCUUCAAUGCAGUCUCUAUCAUCUACGUCUACAUUAUACAGGCGAGAUGUGACGCAGGCAAGCUUGAAGACACGGAUACCAACGUCGAAGACCUACUGCGCAAGGCCUCCAAGGUGCAGAAGUACUUCGAAGAAGUCGCAGCAUUGAAUGCGCCAAGCCUACGCUAUUAUGCUGUACUCCAAGAGCUUCAGCGAGCCGUCGAAUCUGCACUGCAAGAAACCAGCCAGUCGGAUGAGCAGAUGCCACCUGGGACCCUCGAUAAUGAUGUGUUCAUGCCGAAUUCACGGCCCAGCAAUCUCGCAGAUGGUCUAGAUCUGGACUUUUGGCUGCAGCUCGACUCGUUCCCGUUUUGUAAGUACACUAUACCCUCUUACAUGCCCUGGAAUGAUUAUUUCACCUGA